AUGUCAUUACCAGCAUGGUGCCCCCAAUAUUCAAGCGUUAAAAAGUCUCCAGUGACCGGUGAGGAGGUGUUUUGUGUGUGCAAGAGAACUGAUUCCGGGGAGUUGAUGGUGGGUUGCGAUGGAUGCGAUGACUGGUUCCAUUUCUCGUGUUUGAAAAUUCCAGAGAAGUUCAAAGAGCUCGUAUUCUCAUUUUAUUGCCCUUAUUGCCAGGCUGGCAUAACUGGGCCCUCUCCACAGGUGACAGAUGGCCGAGUUGAAGUACGAAGGACGAUAUGGAAACGCAAAUGUCGCCUUCAUGGUUGUUUCCACGCCUGUAAAGAUGAGAGCAAGUACUGUAGUGAGGAGCAUGGACAAGAAUAUAUGAAGCAGGCCGUUUCGCGACUAAAAGUCGCUGGAAUGGGGCGCGAUGAGCAAGAGCGUUUAAUCAAACAGAUCUUAUCAAGCUCCGGUCAAUCUGCCUACGAGUUUCAGAGAUAUGGUGAGUCCCCAUUUGCCAAUGAAGAAGCCAUAAGGAAGGAGAAUCCCACCUUCUAUGAUAAAGUUGUGAGCGAUGACCAAAGACUGCAAGAGUUAAAGUCCAAACAAAGUGAGUUGCAAGAGAAAACGCUCCCCGGAGUCAAUAAGAAGCUAGACAGUUUAAAGAUUUACUUGCAAUGGGUCGAGAAUGUAAAUCAUAGCCUUUUUUCUUCUGAGAACCAUCACGAAGUGUCCAAUGACAAUCGUCAAAGAAACAAGUCAGCCAACAGGAAGCAAAAGAGAAGUAUAUGUGGGUAUACAUCUCAUUGGGAGGCAACCCCAUGCUCUGAAGACGAAUUUACAACCCAAUAUAACGAUGAAAGUACCACGAUACAAGGCGUUUGCACGAAAUUACGAUGCAACAAGCAUGCUGAUUGGUCUUCGAUCUUACUGGAGCAAUACAACGAUCAGCUACGAUCUUUACAAAGCCAUCAGGACAGACUAGAAUUACUAAUCAAAGCGCGAAAGGAUCAAUUAAUGGUCCAAUUUCACGAGCAGUUACUACGCAACAAGAAUUGA